GAAGGAGUAGUCUUCUUGGGAUAUCAUCUGACCUCUAUAAACAAAUCAUGGUAUUUAUCGACUAGUUUUGACUCCACCCACAUGCUGAGGUACAACUUCCGUAUGUGACGUCAUGUAGCAAUGGCUGUCAAAACAGAGAUGGUCGCAAAAAGUUUUCAAAUAAAUCAACGUAGUUUAAUAACAACUGACUCUCUGAGCUGACGACUGGUACAAGGGAAUUCGAUUUAAUUCCCUCUGGCGAUAAAGAUGGAUUCUCAAGGCGUGAAGUCCUUAUCGGCGUCGGGAUUUAGCAGUAUUUUUCGUCACGUGCGCUUGGAACAUUUGCUGGCAGGCGUGAGUGGAGGUGUAGUGUCCACACUUGUACUACAUCCGCUAGACUUGGUCAAAAUCAGAUUUCAAGUAAACGAAGGCCACACCAAGUCUCGUCCCCAGUAUCGAGGAAUUGUUCAUGCGCUGCAGUCCAUAAGUCGUCAGGACGGUAUCUCCGGGCUGUAUCGUGGGGUCACGCCCAAUGUAUGGGGUGCUGGGGCAUCAUGGGGACUCUACUUCUUCUUUUACAACGCCCUGAAGAUGUGGAUGCAGGACGGUAACUCCCAGAGAGCUCUGUCACCAGGACACCAUCUGUUAGCAGCUUCAGAAGCAGGUCUCAUAACAUUGAUUUUCACCAACCCAAUCUGGGUCACAAAGACCCGCCUCUGUCUUCAGUACGAGGCAUCAGCCAGCUCUUCAGUCGCUGCCCACAACACUUACAAGGGCAUGCUGGACGCGCUUAAGAAAAUCUACAAGUACGAAGGCUUAAGGGGCUGGUACAAGGGAUUUUUACCGGGCGUGUUUGGAAUCUCGCAUGGAGCGCUUCAGUUCAUGGCAUAUGAAGAGAUGAAAAAUUCCUACAAUAAGAGACUUAACAGACCAGUGGACCAUAGACUGGGGUCAGGAGAGUAUAUCCUAUUUGCAGCAUUGUCCAAAAUGUUUGCUGCCGUGGCAACUUACCCAUAUCAAGUCGUGAGGUCACGCCUUCAGGACCAGCACCGAAGUUACAACGGUGUAGUAGACGUGUUAAAACAGACGUGGCGGUUGGAAGGUGUGCGGGGUUUCUACAAAGGGGUUAGUGCUUACCUCGUUCAUGUGACCCCCAACAUUUGUAUAGUGUUUCUCUUGUACGAAUAUGUCACGCAGCAAGCCAGGCAAACUACCGCAACCAAGGCCACCAAGUGGGCAGAGAAAGCCUUGUGAUCAAGGGAAGUAACCCUUACUUUAUCUUCACACGUACAUUCAUGUAAACAGUAUUUUCAAACCGUGCCUGUGUUAUUGCUAAUAAAUAUGCAUAUCUCCUUUCCUGUGUGAAAAGGAUUCAGGCAGGUGUUGAAAUAUCUCCAGCGCAUUGUAUUUUUUGAAAAGAAAGUUGAAAUAGUGUGAUAUAAAUAAAUUUCUCUUAAUUAAUAACGACUACAUGUUUUUGUAAGGGUAAAGCUAGAUUCCUUUUGUGAUGAAAGAAAGCGGCAGUCAUGGUGGACAGUCUGGAAGAUGUCUUCCGAGUUACAAUUAGGAAAACACCAUGUAAUGAAGCUAUUUUAGUUUGAGAACAAUGUCAAACCAUCUUUUAUGUUGACAUAUAACAGUAUGUGUAAGAAUAGGGGAGUUUGGAGGUUGAACCGGUUUAUCGCAUAAAUUUAAAAAAGCACCCUAAGUGUAUCUUGUGACCUGUCAGAACUGUCAGGCAACUAUUUUUGAUUUCAUUUACUGUAAUAUGGGCAUCAGAAAAAAAAAGUUAUUUUGAAAAGAUGAAAAGAUAGAGAAUAUAGAUGAGCCUAAUUUUUGUGAAAGUGAAGUUAAUAAAUGGAAGAGAUGUGGUUUUUGUCAUAGUCCAACACAGUGACACACAUGAUUGGUAAAUUGAUGUCAACAAAGGUUGCCUAACAUUUUUCCCAAGUGAGAUAAUUCAGUCAGACUGUUUUUACCUUUAACAACAGAAGAGUUCAAACCUGAAUCUUCCCUAUUGGGUAUGUGAAAUUGAAUUUUAAGCUCUAAGCAUGUUACUAUUUUUUUUUGUCACAUCAUUUUAAUUAUGUUCAUGUCCCUUGUUUUAUUAUAUGUGUACAUAAUAGUAGUUGAGUUUUAUUGUACAACUGUGUUUGAGAAACAUUGUUGAAGAAACGUUCAGGUGUGUGUAAACAAAAUGGGACCAAGGUGAAUAUGUUAACUCUACUGAAGGCGAACAGAAUGAUUGCUGAUUGGUUGUUGAGAGUGAUUGGAAAACAGAAUCAAUGCUGAUUGGUUAUUGGGAGAUAAUAAAACAGAAUCAAUACUGAUUGGUUGAUGGUUGAGAUAAGAAGACAUAAUCAUUGCUAAUUGGUUGUUGUUAAAGGUAAACCAAUGUUAUCAAUGCUGAUUGGUCAUUAUGAAAUAGAGGAAAACAAGAUCAAUAUAGAUUGGCUGUCAUAAGAGAGAGAAAAAUACAUGUAGAAUUAAUGCAGGUUCCAUGCUUAUCAUUAUUAGUCCCUUAAUAUUACAGGAGAUGACAAGGAGGUCUGUCAUUUUGACAGAAAUCUGUUCUUUUGACAUUUUUCAAACCAUUUCAUAAUAUUGACUAGAUACAUAUGGCUUGGCUGUGACAAUUUCUAGUUUUGAGCCUUUUCAGCAUUUUCUUUUUAAUUUGUCAGUUUUCAGCACUCUUUCCAGCAGGGUUCAUCCUAGUGAAUGUGUUUUCAGCAAACUUAAGGUCAUUUUCAUUCUGUUUUGAAUUUUGAAUGGCUAUUAGUCUGACAACUAAAACUGUUCAUUGAUAUCACUACUAGGAUGUUUGCUUUAGUAUCCAUUUUCAGUGUAUAUCCUUACAGAGAAAAAACUGAAACUGAAGCUUUAACCCAGAUUCUCAUAUCUACAUUCUCAACCAAUUAGUGCACAUCCUGUUAGCCUUCAGAUAGUAUGAUUAUAUUAUUUGUUAAGAUACUGAUGAAGGUAUAAACUAUUUACCAUUUUAAUGUGAAGAGUCCUCUUAUAUUUUAUGACGUACAGAUAUGACAGUAGAUGUAUAUUUGAAUGUGUUAUCACACUGUUUCCUCAACCUUUUUUGCACGAAAGAGCAACUUUCAGUGCAAUUUUUGUGCACAUUUUUAAUUUGAUUCUGGAGACAAAACUACAUUGGUUAGAUUGGCUAGUUUGAGUUUUGACAAGAAAAGAUCUUUCUGCCAUGUGUGGUGCCGUGGCAAUCAUUGGUAUAAGCUGAAGACAAGCUUUCUGUCGAUUAUUUAACCACAGAUUAUAUGGAAUGUAUUUAUGCAUUAUCAUGUAAACAAACAGCCAUGGAGUGACCUCAUAGGUUUUUCCAGUAUAGUCCGGUAUUUGAGUAUUGCGUAUGGUAUAAAUGAGCUAAU